AGGGGAAAGGCAGGCGAAGAGAGGCGUCGAGGCCGAAAGGGAGGGGGGAGAGAGAGAGAGCUCUCGGAAGUCCUGGGUCCCCGUUGUGGUCAGGGGUCAGGCGGGUGCGAGUCCAGACGGACGAAUUCAGAGUGGCCUUUUUCCUCUUUAUUACUUAUCAUAGGGGUAGGCGGCCCAGCAAGGAAAGAAGCGUCGGGUAGGCGGCAGGGGGCUGCUGCAGGGGACAUGCAGGAUUGAAGGCUCUACUGUUAUCAGGGAGGGGAAGAUACGCCUGCCCGUUCCUCUCCCCUCCGUUUUCACCUGCUCCUUUCCCCUUUGUGAGAGAUGCAGCAGCAACAAGCGAUGCACCCAAUGCAGCAGCAACCAUCACAGCAGCAACAGCAGCAGCAGCAGGCGCAGCAGAUGCAUGCGAUGCACCAAAUGCAACAGCACGCCAUGCAUCCGAUGCAGCAGCAGAUGCACCCGAUGCAGCAGCACUUGCCGCAGCGGCCGCCUCCGCUCCAGCAACAGCAGCAGCAGCAGCAGCAGCAGCAGGGAAUGCAACCAAUGGUGCCUCCUCACCUCGCCGCUGCUAUGGUUUCUACUGAGCACAUCCAAUUGUGUUUAGAUGAAAACAAGCAAUUGAUUCUGGCAAUCUUGGAAAAUCAGAACCUUGGCAAGGUGGCUGACGUUGCUCAGUUGCAGAACAGGCUUCAGCAGAAUCUUAUUUAUCUGGCUGCCAUUGCUGACGCACAGCCACAAUUGCAAGCUCUGCAGCUUGCUCAGAUGCAACAGGGGUUACCACAUUCAGCAACUCAAGCUGGUGAAGGGCAUUUUAUGCAGCAUUCACAGGCAAUGGGUGCAACACAGCAACAUCCAUUUCCUCCUAGGGUGCCAAUGCAGUUUAGCAGUCCACAACAAAUGCAGGAGCAUCAACAUCACCAGCAACACAUCCAACAACAAAUGUUGCAUCAGCAACAACAGUUUGCUCAGAGUCCCUUUGGCAUGAGGCCUGGGUCUAGCAAUGGGGUUCGUCCAGAAGUUGCGUUGGGGGCAAGUAGUGCAGCACAGCAAUUAUCUGCUGGAACAAUGCUUGUAGGAUCAUCCUCCAGCAACCCAAUGGAGAACAUGCAAAUGGCAGGCGGAUUGACUGGUGAUGCACAGGGUAAUAAACAAGAAGCAGGUGCAACUGGCUCUGAUAACCAAUCAGGUGCAAUCGUUCACUAACAGAUCGUGAAGUUCAUGCCUCCAACUUCAACUCUUUUCAGUCGUACUUUCCUUUUGCUAAACUAAUGAUCCAUCCAUUGCAUGAAUUUGUACCAUCACCUUUAUGGAUCUUUCCUUCCCACCAUCCCUCCGUAUUUCUAACUAUGGGCACAUAUGGCGGGAAUGGACAAAAAGUGCUGGCGUUAGUGGAGUUUGACAAGGCAGUAUGGGUUAUCUCUUCUACCUACUUGCAGGUUCUUUUCUUGUUCAUGUAAAUGCAUAUAUGUAUGAACAAGCCUCCAUGAACACAUGUACGAUGUAAGCCGGCUGCUUCACUUGAUUCAUUUUGGAAGUACGAUUCUCAUGGUCAUCAUAAUUGCACGAUUGACAGAUUCAAGUUUGUUAACUUAUGAGAGGGUUACCUUCUAAAUGACAGAGAGGAUCCCGCCACAUUGAUUCUUAA